AUGGCACAUCCAUUGAUCCAAGGAUUUAAUUUAUAUAAAAAAGCUAAUGCAAUGUUAAACUAUCGACUUGAUCUCGAUAAGGAAAUUUUUGCAGUCAUAUCCAAAACAUAUGGCGAUAUUCGUCGUGCACAUCUCAAUCAUCAUUUCCCGUCAAGCGUUGUCGAACUUUCAUCCUGUGAACAAUUUAAUAUCAAGUUUAACGAAAUUUUUGAACAUCGUGUCAAUCAAAUUCUUUUCGAGUCGCUAGGAAAUACGACACAUAUUCGCAUACAUGAUUAUUUGAAUGAAAAUCAAAGUCCUGAUAUUGUAUUUUCCAUCGGUAUGCGCAUUGCAGUUCUGUUAGAAUUACGUCGUCGAUUAUAUUUGGCAAUGGGACAGCUUCAUAAUGCAUUCGAGAAAUAUGAAGAAUUAUCGAUUUAUGCACAUCAAGUUACAAUGGGCAUUCAACGCUUGAAAACUUGUGGACCACGUCUACUUGAAUUGCCAGUUAAUGAUACGGUCAUGAACACAGGAAUUAAAACACCAGAAAGUUUCGGAAAAAAUAUUUCUGAACAAUUAAAAAAAUUAGCCGGUUUAACAUUUGUUGAUGUAUCGAAUAAAUUUGAAGACUUCAACACGUAUAAUAUUAUGGCAGAAUUAAGUGGUACACUGAAUCAACUAGCUGUUAGUUUGACGACAAUUGCUAACAAUAUUCGUAUGUUGUGUUCAAUUAUAAUAAAUGGAACACAAUAUACGGCUAUGGCUACGGCAGCCGCGCAAAUUAUGGGAAACCAUAUGGCUCUGACUGUUGUGAGUACAAUGGGACAUGUGGACAUAAAUUUGUUGAAACCAUUGAUAAUAAAAAAUGUCCUUUAUUCAUUAACAAUGUUAAGCUAUAUGAGUGAAAACCUCUCAACAUGGUCACCACUAGAACGCCAAACAGCUCCGAUACACCAAGAUGGAUUACAGUCAAAUAGUACUUUACUUUCAUCAAUAAUGGAAUCGUGGAUAAUGCCAACAUCUUAUGAACCAGAAAUGUUCAUUAUUGAUUCAGCACCAUUAUCGGAAAAUAUAAGCGUAUUUGAUAAUGUUGGUGGAACACGAUCACGAUUAGCAGCAGCAGCAACAACAGCAACGCAAAUAGUUCAGGAUGAACACGGACCAGGAGUUGAACCAAAUACGACAUCGCCAUUGUUCAACUUGGGUAAUAUGGUGAACACCGUUGAAUCAUACAUUCUCAACGAUAAAAAAUCAAAAAAGACGAAAAAGUGUCAUGCAACACAACCAAAUGUCAAUUUACCACCACCACCACCAGCUCAACAACAACAACAACCAACACAAGAAGAAGCAGUCCGACAACUGGCUGAAAAACUAAAAAUUUAUCCACCACCCGAUUCAUUGUUCCCUUGA